AUGUCUUCUCAGCCUGCUACCAUUGUCUUGGGCUCGCCUGUUCUAUUCCUCCUCUACGAGUGCUCGGGGCGACAUUUGGGGUACAUGUGCAAAGGAGGGAAGUAUUGCACUGGUUAUGCGAGAGUUGCAUCCUCCCUCUCUCUAGCUGCACAUAAAGGGAAAACAGAUGAUCAGCCUCACAUCUUAGUUUCAGAUGAAAACCUGCUCGGAUUCUUGAAAUCUGUGGAAACCUGUUGUGGCUUCCAAGUGGCACAUCCGAAAAACUUCCGGGGAUGCGAGGCUUCAGUCGUCAUUGCUGUGAAUGUGAGUGACGAGUGGCUGCUGGAAGUGAUCUCACGCUCCAGGACUCAACUCAUAAUCAUCGACACUCUCCCAAACCAUCAAGACCUCUGGGAGUCCAUGAGACAAGAGGAACGUGUGGAUGCUCGAACUGGAUACUUUCCUGACGGCAUUGAAGACAGAAGAAGCCUACUGAGUCUUGAUGAGAAGAAGUUUCUUUGGACGCCAACCUGGGACAAGGUGGGGGAACGGAUUGGAGAGGAAGCGGUGAAAAAAGCAGGUGUCCUCGACAAAAAUACUGGGAAAAUCCUUUGCUUCACUCCCGAGGACUUGGACAGUAUUUUACUAUUAUCCUCGUCCUUGACCCCCUUUGACGCAUGGGGAUACGCAUGGGGUGGAAACCCAGGGGAAGCGCUUCAGACUGAAGAGAGGAAGGAAAUUAUUAAGAACCUUGAACUGCAGGGAGUAGAUUGGGAGCCAAAGCACAGGCCCCCAGUGGCGUUGAAGAUCCGGAGUAAAGGAGUCGGACUCCUUGAGUCCCUUUCCGUCAGUCUCACGGGGUCGCUCCUGCAUCUUCCUCUUCUCAAGGUUGGAGCUCAGUUGAAUUUUGAAAUCCCUGGUGAAACGUCAUUGCAGAUGUGCUUACAGAAAAGAAUAGAAGACGAAGAUCACUCGAAUUUACCUGUGUCGAAAGGCUCAGAUGCUGGGUCCAUGUCAAAUGGAGAAUUGGAGUCAAAUAUAUCGGACACUCUUCUUCAUCAAAUCCAACUGGCAGCAAAUAUAUUCAAGAGGUCAAUAGUACUCAUUGGAGAUGGUCUAUCUUGCACCUUUCGUCCUGAAGAUGAAGGAGAUGGGGAAGUGGACUAUAGGGGUAUUCUGCUUUUUGCCAGAAGAAACCUCCAGUCCAAGCCUGAUGACAGCCCUCCGCCCAUCUCCAUACUGCCUAUUGUGCCUCAUUGUAACGAACUCGGCCCGCUGAAGACAUCCUCACUCCUGCGUCAUUUCCACGAACUCGGCCCUGUGGCGACGGCUACGUUUCGGAGUAGCUUCAACAAGCUGACGGAAACAGAGGCGUGGUACCUCCUGGAAAGAUUCUGUACGUAUAACGUUCGCAAAACCGCUCUCGAUCCCAUAUAUUUCCUUGCCUGUUAUCAUAUCUUCUUUCCUUUCUAUCGAGACGAAGUCGGGCCGGAGGAGACCAGGAAACUCGUGGAUUCCAUCGAGGAAUUCGGGCAGGAGGAGAUAUGCGAACUCGUUCGAGCUCUCGAAAAACUGGACUCGGACGAGGCAGGGAACCUCCUGGAAAGUCUCGGCAAACUCGAACCGGAGGAAAGAGUCCACCUCGUCGAUUCGUUUUGUAAGGACGACGUUCGCCCCAUCCGCCCCCGACGCGACGCGUUUCUCCGCUCGUUCGUAUAUCGCGUCCGACUUCUUUCCUUUCCAGACAAACUGGGAGAGUACGAAACGAGGAAGCUCCUGGAAAGCUAUAACGGACUCGGGCCGGAGGAGAGACGCAAGCUCGUCGACUCGUUCGGUAAGGACGACAUUCACUCUGCCCGCCGACAGAUCGCACGGGCUUCCCUGCUUCGUUACGAUGCGAUCUCCUCUUCUCUUCCCUUUCCAGACGAAUUCAGGCCGGAAGAGAGACACGAACUCGUUCCAUCUUUAAGGCCAGAGGAGAAACGACGGCUUGUUGAUGCAUUCGGUAAAGACGGCUUUCGCCCCACCACACUUCACUCGCACUUUCCUCUUCCUUCGUGGUGCGAUCGUUCCCCUUUCCUUUCCAGAAAGUCUCGGACCGGAGGAAAGAGGACGGCUCAUCGAUUCGUUGGGGAAACUCGGGGAAUACGAGACAUGGAACCUCUUGCAAAGUUUCAGUAA